AUGAAAAAGGGAAGUGGGAUCAGUCCGGCAUCCCAAAUCCCUAGCUCUAAUACCCUGACUAAACCCCUCCCGAUUUGGCAAUUUCUCCCGGCGGCUUUCCGUCACUACCACCGUUACGGCCUCCUUUACUCCGUCAAUCUAGGCAUCUCUUAGGUUGCGAAAAUGCGGAGGUGUUUGGGCCUAGCUUUGCUAGCAAAACGAGGGUUCAGCACAUCUUCGAGCGGCGAUAAAAUUGUGGCGUCUGUCCUCUUUGAGAGACUUCCAGUUGUGGUUCCGAAGAUCGAUCCUGUUGUCUAUGCCUUUCAGGAGUUUUCGUUUCGAUGGCGGCAACAAUAUAGACGGGAGUAUCCAGAAAAUUUCUUGAAAAAAGCUGAUACCAGGGGUAAAGGUGAAUACCAAAUUGAUUAUACACCAGCUCCUCGGAUCACUGAGGCCGACAAAACUAAUGACAGAAAGUCAUUACAGAGAGCUCUUGACAAAAGGCUCUAUCUUCUCCUUCAUGGCACCUCACUUUCUAGUGGGAAGCCUGUCUGGCAUUUCCCAGAAAAAGCAUAUGAAUCAGAAGAGACUCUGCGCAGGUGCGCGGAGUCUGCAUUAAAAUCUGUGAUAGGAGACCUCUCUCACACUUAUUUUGUUGGGAAUGCUCCAAUGGGCCAUAUGGUUACACAGCUUAACGAGAAUCACAAGGAGACUCCAUCUUUAAAGCGCUUCUUCUUUAAAUCCCAAGUGAUCGCAGCCAACAAGUUUGAUAUUCAUAAAUGUGACGAUUUUGCUUGGGUUACAAAGGAUGAACUGUUAGAGUAUUUCCCCGAACAAGCCGAGUUCCUGAACAAGAUGAUUAUCAGCUGAUGUAGAUCUGAAAUCCAUAGUUGUGGAUCAUACAUUCUCCUGAUGUUAGACACCAGAUUUUUUUUUUUUUUUUUAAUUUUUAAAAUGUCCUAAUGUCAUGAAUUUUGAGUCGGGUAGAGAACCGAUCAAAUUGAAUUCACAGGUCGAAAUGGGCUUUUCUUGACGUUGUCGAACAUAGUUCAGCUGUAAUUGCUUCCUGUCUUUGUAAUGAUCCUCUUAAUCCCGAAGUCUAAAAGAGAUUGGCUUUACACAAUAAUACUUGGGCCGGUAUGUUGAGUA